AUGGCCUACCGCAGGCUUGGGAAUUCGGGCCUGCAUGUUUCCGUACUUGGGCUGGGUGGCUGGCUCACCUUUGGUGGGCAGCUCGGGAAUGAAAGCACAAUGGCGUGUAUGAAGCAGGCAUACGAUCUCGGUAUCAACUUCUUCGAUACUGCUGAGAGCUAUGCCGCUGGUCAGUCUGAGGUGGUUAUGGGACAGGCCAUCAAGAAAUUUGGGUGGAGUCGUAGCGAUAUUGUGGUGAGCACCAAGCUCAACUGGGGAGCCCACAACGGAGAGGUGCUGGUCAACAAUCACGGGCUGUCAAGAAAGCACAUCAUCGAGGGACUCCGUGCGUCGCUGAAGAGGUUGGACCUGGAGUAUGUCGACGUGGUGUUUGCCCAUCGGCCAGAUAGACUCACACCGAUCGAAGAGACAGUCAGAGCCUUUAACCAUGUCAUCGAAGUGAAAGGCUGGGCUCUGUAUUGGGGCACAAGCGAGUGGGGGGCAGACGAAAUUGCAGAGGCGUGCGGGAUCGCAAAGCAGCUGGGGCUGAUCCCACCCAUAGCAGAGCAGCCGCACUAUAACCUGCUGUCGAGGAAGAAGGUCGAAGGCGAGUUCCAGAGGCUAUACAAGAUGUUCGGUAUCGGGUUGACCACAUUCAGCCCGCUCCAGUUCGGAUUGUUGAGCGGCAAGUACGAUGACAGCCCGGAUGAGCCACCAGCAGGAUCACGAUUUGCCAAGGGCGAAGAUAAAUUCGUCAGCUCGGUGAGGAGUUCAUAUGCGGACGAGCAGUGGCAGUCCACGAUAGCCAAGGCCAGGCAGUUGAAGCCCAUCGCAGACAAGCUGGGCAUCACGCGGGCGCAGCUAGCCCUUGCAUGGUGCCUGAAGAAUGACAACGUAUCAGCUGUCAUCACAGGUGCAUCGAGGCCCGACCAAGUGGUGGAGAAUUGCGCAGCAUUGAAGGCGAUAGACAAGUUGACGCCCGAUGUGCUGGCAGAGAUUGACGAGAUUGUGGGGAAGAUAGACUUGGACCCGGCCAGGCAGGAUUAG